AUGGAUAGCCUUGAACAGCAGCGCUUGGCUAAUAUCGCCGAGCGCGAUGCGCUCUUGAAGCAGAUGUCGCUUGGAGUCCAAUCGGCUAGUCUUUUCAACUCACCCAAGACUCCUGGCUCCAGUGCCACGAAGUCGAAGAAAAAGGCGGCUCCUAAGCGAAUCAAGGAGGAAGAGGACUCGCCACUGCCUCGACGCCAGUCAUCUCGUUUGAGAGGAAUCGCGGCUGAGAGCGAAGUCGCAAAGCGCAAAGCCGAGGAACUGUACGAAGCUGCUAAAGAAGUUGAGCGAGCGAAGAAGCUGCGUCGCACAGACUCUUUUACUGCAAAUGAUAUGUUUAUCGCAGGCCAAAAAAUUACUGAUGAGGGCUUGAUUGGUGUGGAUGUGGUGAACAAGGGUGUGGCAGAGCCAUAUGUAAGAACUUUCGGCGACGACGAGAUCCAGAAGACAACAGACAAGGACUUAAAGGCUCUGCGGGAGGAGAUGAAUGGCUUGAGUCUAUGGGAAGAAUGGGAUCCUCAGAGAAUCAAGAUUACCCCCGAGAGAGUGUACGCCAUGACCUUCCAUCCCUCCGAAUCAAAGCCACUCAUCUUUGCGGGUGAUAAAAUGGGACAUCUUGGCGUUUUUGAUGCCUCACAAAACAAGCCAGAAGUCGGUGAAGAUGACGAGGAAGACGAUCCAGACCCAGUUCUAACUACCCUCAAACCUCACACUCGCACGAUUUCCGCUAUGACUAUUCAUCCUUUGAACCCAACUCGCCUGUAUACUGCAAGUUACGAUAGCUCAAUUCGUGAGUUGGAUCUGGAGAAGACGAAAUCGGUGGAAAAGUUCGCACCCAAAUCGACCAAGAUUGACGAAGCUUUGUCCGGUGUUGACAUGGCGGCUGAUGACCCGCAUACAUUGUACUGGACUACUUUGAACGGUGCCUUUGGUCGUUAUGAUAUGCGCACUUCUCUGUCAGAGUCCACUGUUUCUCAAUGGCAGCUUUCAGAGAAGAAAAUCGGCGGAUUUACACUGUGUCCGUCGCAGCCACAUUACCUUGCUACUGCAAGCUUGGAUCGUUUCAUGCGUCUGUGGGAUCUGCGGAAGCUCUCCUUUGACGACCCAGUGCCGGUUGCUGAACAUGAGAGCCGCCUUUCUGUGUCACAUGCAGCAUUCAAUGCUGCUGGCCAUAUCGCUACGUCUUCUUAUGACGACACUUUGAAGAUUUAUGAUGUUGGUGCCAAGGGCAUGUCGUCCUGGAAACCAGGCCAUAAUCUAUCGGAUAAGGAGUUCCGACCUGAUACUGUCGUUAGGCAUAACUGCCAGACGGGCCGUUGGGUGACGAUUCUUCGCCCGCAGUGGCAACUGAACCCUCAAUCUCACAUACAACGGUUCUGUAUCGGAAACAUGAACCGUUUUGUUGAUAUCUACAGUGCCUCUGGUGAUCAGCUGGCCCAACUUGGCGGCGAUGGCAUUACUGCUGUUCCCGCCGUAGCCGUCUUCCAUCGGAGCAAGAACUGGGUUGUAGGUGGAACAGCGAGUGGGAAAGUAUGCCUCUGGUUGUAA